AUGUCUUUCAAAAACUUCCUUCUUCUCCUUCUUGGAGCGGUGGUUCUUCUUGCUGUUCCAUCCAAACCCUCCGACCUCCUUCCCGACGAGAAGCCUCACAAACCAGACAAGCUAUCCCACCAGUCGCUGCCUCAUAAAGGAUACCCUUCAUUUGAGGGAACCCAACCUGAACACGAACACGAACCACACUACGAACCGCCUUAUAAACACCCUCCUCAUGGGGGAUAUCCUCCCGCUAGGGAAGCCGAAGUUGAAGUUGAUGGCAGCCACAGUCCACCUUACUACAGGCCGCCUUAUCACAAGCCGCCUUAUCACGGGCCGCCUUACUAG